AGGUCGUCUCCUCUCUUACAUUUUCUUCUUGCAUGCUGCAAACGCUGUCUUGUAGCCGUUGUCUCCCUUCUAAUCUAAAUAAAAAUUAAAACUACCCAUUUCCCACAAACAAUCUUCACGCCACUUCAAUAGAACACAAUGAGUGCUGCUUCUUUGUUAUUCUCCUGCUCUGUGCAUGUGGGCGUGUCUCAUCCCAAGUUGGCUGCAAAAUCCUCUGCAUGCUAUUUGCUCAAUCAGCCAUGGAGUCAUUUGAAGUCAAAAACACCAUUUGGGCAUUCAGGAAUCUUGGAAAAAUCUAAACUUUCACACAAAGGUGAUGGGAUUGUGUGGAGGGCAGGGGCUGUUCAAGUUGAAACUGCAGCACCCUCCUUCUCUGUGGGGCAAAAAUUUCAACUUGAUGAUGUGAUUGAGGCUCAGCAAUUUGACAGAGAGACUCUGAAUGCCAUAUUUGAAGUUGCAAGGAGCAUGGAGACCAUUGAAGGCAACUCAUCUGGGAGCCAAAUGCUGAAGGGUUACCUCAUGGCUACCUUGUUCUAUGAGCCAUCCACCAGAACUAGGCUUUCAUUUGAGUCUGCCAUGAAAAGAUUGGGUGGGGACGUUCUCACAACUGAGAAUGCGAGGGAGUUUUCAUCUGCUGCUAAGGGAGAGACGCUUGAAGAUACUAUAAGAACGGUUGAAGGUUACUCUGAUAUAAUUGUGAUGAGGCACUUUGAAAGUGGUGCUGCCAGACGAGCAGCAGCAACUGCUAGCAUUCCUGUAAUCAAUGCAGGGGAUGGCCCUGGACAGCAUCCCACACAAGCACUGCUUGAUGUUUAUACCAUUGAAAGAGAGAUAGGAAAAUUGGAUGGAAUUAGAGUUGGGCUUGUAGGAGACCUUGCUAACGGGAGGACAGUUCGCUCUCUUGCAUACUUACUAGCCAAAUAUGAGGAUGUGAAAAUUUAUUUUGUCUCUCCUGAGGUGGUUAAAAUGAAGGAUGACAUAAAAGAAUAUCUGACAUCAAAGGGUGUGGAGUGGGAAGAAAGUUCUGAUUUGAUGGAGGUGGCUUCUAAGUGUGAUGUUGUUUAUCAAACUCGCAUUCAGAAAGAAAGAUUUGGAGAGAAAAUUGAUCUUUACGAGGCGGCAAGAGGCAAGUAUAUUGUAAAUCAAGAUGUUCUAAAGGUGAUGCAAAAACAUGCUGUGGUUAUGCACCCUCUUCCAAGGCUUGAUGAGAUUACUGUGGAUGUUGAUAGUGAUCCAAGAGCUGCUUAUUUUAGGCAGGCAAAGAAUGGUCUUUAUAUUAGAAUGGCUCUCUUGAAGGUUUUGCUUCUGGGCUGGUAGAGGUGGUGCAUUCACUUUUGGAAGUGAAUGGGAUUAUCUAAUGUCAAAUAUUUUCAGUUGUUUUCUUCGUUUCCUUUUCUUGCCUUUUAGCAUGUUUGGUAUCAAACUAAAUAGGCGUUGCUUCUGCGUCUUUUAGUUAACAGACGUGGUUUCUCAUGUUUCUACUGUGUUUCCGAUGCACAGUUUGUCUAUUUGUCGGCAUGAGAAAUACAGAUAGAGAGAGAGGGGAAUAAAAUUUUCUUAUUACAUGAGUGAAA